AUGGUUGAGAAGCGCCCUUCAAUCGAGGGUCUCGUCGACAAUGUUGACCCCCGAGAGUCCCACGAGCUCGAAGAGCUGCCCACUUUCGAGAAGCCCGUAGCCGAGCCUACGCCAGUACCGCUCAAGGAGAAGCUGAUAACGUGUUUUUGGAUCGCUCUGAAUACGCUGUCAACACUGGGCUUGAUCUUCCUGAGCAAGCGAGUGUUCAGCGACAAGCAGCUCAAAGGAUGCCAGCUCAUGGUCGUCAUGUGGCAUUUCACAGCCACCGGUCUCGUCCUCUUCAUCUCGACCCUCCGACCCUUUCAUGCCUUCAAGGCCGUACGGCUGAAUGUCUGGAACAUGCUGCCCGUCUGCGGCUUCUUCGCCGGCUACGUUGUGCUUGGCAACCUUAGCUUGACCUUCAACUCGAUCGGCUUCUACCAGCUUUCCAAGGUCAUGACUACGCCGACCGUCGUCCUCAUCAACUUCGUCCUCUUCCGAAAGCAGGUUACACGAUACAUGCUGGCUGCCAUUCUCGCAACAUGCAUUGGCGUCUCCUUCACCAUCAACGAGGCGGCCAAGACCCAGCUGUUCGGUGUCAUCGUCGCGACCCUGGCAUUCUGCAGUACCGCUCUGUACCAGAUCUGGAUCGGCAAGAAGAUCGAAGACUUCGCCGUCUCGCCACCCCAACUCCUGCUCAACCAAGCGCCAAUCUCCGUCUGCCUCCUCAUCCCCUUCGUGCCCUUCUUCGACACCAUCCCGAACCUAUCAACCGUACCCACCGACAUCCUCUGGAGCGUAUGCGCCUCCGGCAUCAUGGCCUCGAUGUACAACCUGAGUCAGUUCUUGAUCAUCGGUCGCACCAGCGCCCUCACAUUCAACAUUGUCAGCCAUCUCAAGACCAUCAUGAUCCUGAGUAUAGGGUGGUACAGCGAGGGCAAGAUAUUGAGCGGAAGGGAAUGGUUCGGUGUACUCCUCGCGCUUGGCGGUGGAUGGGUGUACUCGCAUCUUGCGCUCAAGGCGAAGAAGCAGGGCGGAAAGUGA